CCGGGCUCACAGCUUUGCAGGCAGGAGCAGAAGGGGGGUUGUCUGGUGCUGGAGAAGUGAAGGAAGCUGCUGCCUACCAAGGGGCUCCUGUCUUGCUAUUGUUCCCCCUCCCAGGAUUCCAUCAUUUAAACAAGGGGCUGAACUUUAAAAAAAUUGCCAUAAAUAGUCACUUUUUAACCCAAAAAGGGGUGAAUUGAUUUGCAAAAACUCCCUGAAGUUUUGCAACUAGAGCUUUUGAAAAAGUCACAGUUGCCUAAAUCCUCCAGAGCGUGACUCCAAACCACUCCGGUUUAAAAAAAAAAAAAUCUUUUUUUUGGGGGGGGGAAGAGACCAAUCAUUGCAACCAGUCACCAUGGUGGUGUUCAAGAAGAUCAAGACCUUCGAGAUCGUCUUCAGCGAGCCUGACAAGGUCUUCUGCAGUGGAGAGAAGGUAGCCGGCCGUGUGCUGGUGGAAGUGACCGAAGUCACCCGGGUCAGCUCAGUUAAAGUGCUGGCUUGUGGGGAGGCCAGGGUGGUCUGGAUCAAGGGACCCCAACAAUGCAAGCAGGAGAUGGAGUACCUGCGCUAUGAAGAUGUCCUCACCCUGGAUGAUCAUCCUACUGAUGAGGAUGGUUCUGUGAUCUUGAGACCUGGCAACAAAUACGAAUACAAAUUUGGAUUUGAGCUUCCCCAGGGGCCUCUGGGGACCUCCUUCAAAGGGAAGUAUGGCUGUGUGGAUUACUGGGUUAAGGCUUUCUUGGAUCGCCCCUCCUGUCACCCCCAGGAGAUAAAGCAGCACUUUGAGGUCAUGGAUCCUGUUGAUGUCAACACUCCGGACUUAAUGUCGCCAGUCGCUGCCAAGAAAGACAAGAAGGUGUCCUGCAUGUUCAUUCCUGAUGGACAUGUGUCUGUCAGUGCCAGGAUUGACCGAAAAGGAUUCUGUGAAGGUGAUGACAUCUGCAUAAAUGCAGACUUUGAGAACAUCUGCUCCCGGAUCGUGGUACCCAAAGCAGCCAUUGUUUCCAAGCAUACCUACUUGGCAAAUGGGCAGACCAAGGUUUUGACCCAGAAACUUUCCUGCGUCCGAGGCAACCCCAUCAUUUCGGGCAUGUCUGAGAGCUGGCGGGGUAAAACUCUCCGGGUCAAGAAGAUCAAACCAUCCAUCCUGGGCUGCAAUAUCCUGCGUGUGGAGUACUUCUUGCAGAUCUACGCCAGCGUCCCUGGCUCCAAGAAGAUCGUUCUGGAGCUGCCUCUCGUCAUCGGUAGCAGAUCUGGGUUUGCCAGCCGCAGCUCCAGCAUGGCUAGCCAGGCUAGCUCUGAAAUGAGCUGGGUGGACCUCAAUAUCCCUGAUGCUCCAGAAGCACCUCCAUGCUACCUGGACAUCGUAUCUGAAGAUCACCGGCUGGAGAGCCCCACCACUCCCCUUCUGGAUGAUCUCGACAGUUCCUUCGACAGCCCAAUCUUCAUGUAUGCCCCAGAGUUCAAGUUCAUGCCUCCUCCCACUUACACAGAGGUGGAUCCCUGCAACGCUAACAACAAUGUGCAGUGAGUACCAAGAAGCAGCCGUUCCUCUGUUUCUUCUACUUUCCUGGACUCACUUUCAAUCUGCAGUGAUUGUACCUGGCCAAAGUUCAGAACGGGGUUUCAAAGCCCUGAUGCAGGAAGAAAACGUCCCAAGGAAGCGUGGGGUAGGGCAGCUUCUGCCAGGCUGAAAAAUCCCAGCCAGCACUGAAGAAGGCAGAUGUAAAGGUCUUUCUUCUAAGAUGUGCUGUGUGCACAGAUUUGAUGUGAUGAGCACAGAGGCUAUCGGGCCUUGCCUGCACUCCAGAGCCCUUAAGAAUCUCCCUGGAAAAUAAAUAGUUGCUUGUGUGGAAACUGUAAUGGGAGUACAUGGGGUGGUGGAAAAGGUGUGUGCUCUGUGGAGAGCACUUAAGAGUUGAUUUGUUAGGGAGAGGCACGAAGCCAGCAGAUUCUGACUUAAAAAAAAAAAAAGGCUUCUGUGCCAGAAAAAUUACCA